UGCAGCUGACCUCUGAGCAGAUUGGACUCUGGACAUGCAGUUUCAGUCUGACUGGAUUUGCUCACAAACUCAGGAUCUUUUUGUUGUUUCACACAUGAUGCAGGUUUCCACGUCUCUUCCUCUUCUUCUUCUUUCCCUCACCCUCCUGCUCCUUCAUCCCGUCUCCCUGGUACAUGGUGGCCAUGUUCUGGCAUUUCCGGGAGAGUUCAGCCAUUGGUUGAACAUGCGGAACAUCAUAGAGGAGCUGGUGAAGAGGAAUCAUUCGGUCACCAUCUUAGUGCCCGAUGCAUCGCCGUCUGUCAACUACAACAACAGCCGUGACACCGCCAAGUUCAACUUCCUGGUCUUCAAGGUGUCGUACAGCCGGCAGGAGUAUCUGGACCUUAUGCAGGAAUUGAUGCGUUUCUCCAUGUAUGAGGCGCACUUGUCUUCACCACUGCAGAAGUUCCUAAAGACAGCUUCCUGGAUACUGCACUUCCUGGACUUCGGGAGGCAGCAGUGUGACGGAAUGCUGAGGAACAAGCAGCUGAUGGCGACUCUGCGCCACACCAGCUUUGACGUCAUCUUGCAGGACUCGAUGGCAAUGUGUGGUGACCUGGUGGCAGACUUGCUCAGUGUGCCACUCAUCAUCUCAAUGCGCUUCAGCUUCGGCAGUGUUUUUGAGCGACACUGUGGCCACGCCCCCGCACCGCCAUCCUACGUCCCGUUAGCUCCUCUCUCAUACAACGACCACAUGACACUCAGUGAGAGGCUGGUCAACAUGGUGAUAUAUGUGGGGUCGUCAGCAGUAAGCGAACUGACCUGGAAGCUGACGCUCGAUCAAUACUACAGGGAGAUCAAAGGAACUCCCAGCAGUGUGUGUGAGACUAUGGGGAAGGCCGACGUGUGGCUCAUCAGGACGUUCUGGGACAUUGAGACGCCACGGCCGACCCCACCAAACUUCAAAUACGUGGGCGGUCUACACUGCAAACCGGCCAAUCAGCUGCCAGAGGACCUGGAGGCAUUUGUGCAGAGUUCAGGUGAUGCCGGCAUAAUUGUGGCUUCCUUCGGCUCCAUGGUAACCAACCUGACGAUGCAGCACGCUAACAUCAUCGCCACCGCCUUCGGUCAGAUCCCACAGAAGGUGAUUUGGCGUUACCGUGGCGAGGCUCCAACUGCAUUGGCUCCAAACACGAAGAUUUCUGAUUGGAUCCCUCAGAACGACCUGCUGGGUCACCCAAAGACAAAGGCAUUCGUGACACACGGCGGCACUAACAGUCUAUAUGAAGCUGUGUUUCACGGCGUGCCUCUGGUGGGCGUGCCGCUGUUUGGCGAUCAGCCUGAUAAUCUCGCCCGUAUGAGCCGCCUCGGCACCGCCAUCGUCCUGGACUUCAACCAUCUGACAGCUGAGGAGCUGGCAGAGGCGCUGCACGUCGUCACAAACCAGCCAAGCUACAGGACCAACAUGCAGCGUCUGUCAGCGGUGCACCGCGACCAGCCAGUAACGCCACUGAGUACCGCCGUCUUCUGGGUGGAGUUUGUGAUGCGACACGGUGGAGCUAGGCAUCUGCGGUUGGCAUCAUACGACCUGAACUGGUUCCAGUACCACAGCUUGGACACCGGUGCUGCCCUGCUGAUCGCUUUGAUGACCGUCGCGGCUUUGUGGUGGGUGGGGAUACGCUGCAUCCUGCGGCAGUGCAGACGGCGAGCAGGAAGAGAGAAGAAGGACUGAAGAGAGAUUUCCUGUUUGCACCGUCCUGUUGGUAUUUACAAAGGAGAGUCUAGUAACAAGACUAUGUACGAAAGAUGGGAAACAUUAUCAGCUGACCCUGUUCAAGGCACAAAACAUAGGGAGGAGAAUAUUUAAAUUAACCCAUGACCUGAUUUACAGACCAGCAUUUACUACUGAUUGAAACAAUAUUUAACACAUAAAAACAAACAUGUUUUUUUUUGUGCCUGAUACUGAAAUUAACUGACUAUGCCAGUGUUUAGAAAACUCCUUAAAAAUCACCCAGAAAACUGACCUCACCUGAGUCCUAUUUGGGGAUUGCAUUUAAUCUGUGUUUAACAGGUUAAACACAGAUUAACUGGUUUCAUCUUCAUUAGGACUUAAUAUCUAAACAUUUCAGAAUCCCUUUCCAUCACUAAUGGUGUUCCACAGGGAUCCAUCCCUGGACAUGCCUAACACGUUCUGAUUAAACUGAGAACAUGCUGUUCAUGAGGUCACCUGAGGAUUUCAAGCUUGCAGUUUAUAUUUAUAUCUGAACUCUUUGACGUCAUAAAAUUGAAUUUUUAAAAUCUCUAUGAAGAUUUAAUGACUCGUUGGAUACUAGAUAAAAUUUUAUCACAAUGCUGAGCACAUAUCAAUAUGAGUUUUAUACAGAAACGUUGAAGCUUCAGUGUUUUUGGGUUUUUUUUAUUACAACUGAUUCUUUCCCUGCUCACCUUUGUAUGUAAAAAUCGGGAUGGUCUGCCCUCACAAGCUGAAGAGAGCAGCAUUGUGCAGUCUUUAUGAGUUUACUACACUAACCAAUCACAUCCACUUACAGUCAAACACAGUGCUCACAUAAAGCUCUCCUUUUCCACUGGAACAUUUUCAAAGAUUAUAUUUAUGUAUCAGAGGUCACACCUGCACCAGCAUUUCUUAAUCGCUGUAUCUGUGUAUUCUGGCUAUACAAGUUGAUUGUGCAGAAGUCUCCUUGGACAGAAAGGUCCUGAUCACAGUGAGAAACCUGUAAAACUAAAGGAUGUGGAAAUAAACUGCUGUACUGGAGUUUU